CUAUGACACAAAAAAUACGUGUCUUGUUUAUCAUUAGGUACAUGUACAUACGCAUACAUGUGUAAAUAUGUUUACAUAGUUUACGAAGACUUCGCGAGACCACGGUAAUUUCUAAUAAAUUAGCUCGGCAUUGAUUUAAGCUAAAUACGUUCGGAUUUUACUUUAUUUUCCAUGAAUCGUUGCUGUCAACAUGUUACUUUACAUCUGACUUAGGUAUUACCUACUGUUAACGUGCGAACUAGUUUAAUAAGACAGCGUCAGCAAGUGAUUACUAAAUUGAUGAAGUGAUACACGACUACAUUUUCAGUUCAGUUUUGUCAGUUCAUUGUUGCAUAAAUUGACAGAAAUUUCUGAGUCCAGUCGGUUGCAACAGUUAAAAGAAUAGGCCAGAAUGAUUAUAAAGAAACCGAAGAUAAAUUUAAAGAGUAUUUUUCCCCCUGUCGUUUGGUUUCGUCAAUACAACACGGAAAAUGCAGUUUGUGACUUCAUCGCAGGAAUAACUGUAGGACUUACCCUGAUUCCGCAAUCCAUUGCGUAUGCAGCUUUGGCAGGUUUGGGACCCGAGUAUGGAUUGUAUUCGUCUUUAUGUGGAGGGGUAAUUUACGCAGUUUUUGGUACAAUUCCUCAACUUAACAUAGCCCCUACUGCUCUUUUAUCACUUUUAACUUUUACGUAUACAAACGGUGCACCUUUUGGGGCAGCAAAUGCCGCGGUGCUUUUAUGUUUCUUUGCUGGAUUGAUAGAAUUAGUUUGUGGAAUACUUCAUUUAGGUUUCCUUGUUGAUUUCGUAUCAGUCCCGGUGGUAGCUGGUUUUACGUCAGCUGGAGCAAUAACUAUAGCUUCUGCUCAAGUGAAGAACUUGAUGGGCCUCAGUUUUAACGGAGAAACUUUUAUUGAAAUUUGGAAAAAUGUUUUCGAACAUAUUUCAGAAGCAAAACUGUGGGAUGGUGUUUUGAGUAUCGUGUGCUGUUCGGUACUUCUUCUUUUAAGGCAAAUUAAGGAUUAUGGAACCCCUCCAGUUAGUGAAAGUAAAGAAGGCAGUCGCGAUUUAAAGAGCAUACUGAAAACUUUUGUUUGGUUUUUAUCAGUUUCAAGAAAUGCAGUUGUGGUACUACUUUGCGCUGUAAUGGCCUACACAUUUAGUUUGCAUGAAUCAAAACCGUUUUCUCUAACGUCCAAAGUGUCUUCCGGUUUACCACAACUUACUCCACCACCAUUUACUGUCGUUUCGAAUAAUAAUGAAACAUACACGAUAACAGACAUGGCUAAAUAUUUAGGUUCUGGUAUUUUCGUUACGCCUUUUAUUGCAAUAUUGAGCAACAUUGCGAUUGCAAAAGCGUUUGCACAGGGAAAAGUGGUCGAUGCAACACAAGAAAUGUUAGCGGUUGGUUUUUGCAGUUUAUUUGGUUCUUUCUUAAGUUCAAUGCCUGUAAAUGCAUCUUUUUCGAGGGCUGCAGUGAGUAACGCGAGUGGAACGAGAACUCCUUUUGCAGGAAUUUAUACUAGCAUUAUGGUAGUUUUGUCCAUGACAUUUUUGACCCCGUAUUUCACCUACAUUCCGAAAGCUACCUUAGCUUCAGUCAUAAUAUGCGCUGUAAUUUUUAUGGUGGAGGUUUCCAUUGUUAAACCCUUAUGGAAAAUUAACAAAAUCGAUAUGAUCCCAUUAGUGGUCACUCUAGUUGCCUGCUUGAUAAUUGGAAUUGAAAAAGGGAUUCUUGCUGGGGUUGUAGUAGACGCUUUAUUCCUUUUGUAUUAUAGUGCUAGACCUAGAGUGGAGAUUGAAGAAGUGAUGAACGAUUCUCAUAACUACUUAAAGAUAAUGCCCGAUUCGGCAGUUUUCUUCCCGGCGAUUGAAAACUUGAGAGAAAAAAUCGUUCAGACAACGAACAAUAAAACUGACAAAUUUCAAACCGUUGUGAUAGAUUGUGUCCACAUUAGUAGAGUGGACUACACAUCAGCAAAGGGUGUCGCUUCCCUCUGCAACGAUCUUGAAAAAAAUGGCAAAUCCUUGGUCAUUGUGAAUGCAGUAGUCGACGUCGAAAGAGUACUAAGUGGCGCGUGUUCAGAUAAAUGCAUUUUUGCAAAAACUGAUCAAGAUUUGAUUCAGUCACUUAAAGAUUUUCCAUUUAGAGCUGGUUCUGUUGCAACUGUUCACUUCGAUUAUAUAAGUGACGAGUGGUACAAAGAUAGCGAGAAAGGCACUAAUUUGUGAUUGUACUUGAAAAUACUCCAGCAAUAAUAAACAGUAUUAGGAAAAACAUAGAUAUAAAAGUCAAUGUUGAUGUGACCUGUUGUUUCCCUUUCUAGCAAUCAGCAAAACAACAAAAA